AUUGACGUCUCGCAUUCCAGGCACUCUAUGGAGAGGCUGCUAGGGCUCCUGUGGCAUAAAUGACGUGCCGAGAGAGCGAGCGAACGCGCAGCCGGGAGAGCCGAGUCUCCUGCCUCCCGCCCCCCACCCCUCCAGCGCCUGCUCCUCCUCCGCUCCCCAUACACAGACACGCUCACACCCGCUCCUUCACUUGCACACACAGACAGACACACGCGCGCUCACACGCUCCGCACACACACUCCACUCUCUCCCGCGCGCUCACACCCCUCUCACCCGGCUCCCUCGCCAGUGUCGCGCCGCGCCGCGCCGCAGCCGGACGCCCCUCCAGGGCUCACUUUGCAACGCUGACAGAGCCCGCAGUGUCCGUGGAGGUGGGAAACGUGGCGACAUCCUACCCCCUGGUCGCAGCCGGAGACUGGAUGCCUGCGGAACCUCUCGGCGGCGCUCUCCCAUGAGUUGGGAUCGCAGCAUCCCCCGCCAGCCGCUCACCGCCUCUGGGAGCCGCUGGGUUUGUGCACCGCAGCCCUUCCGGGACAGCAGCUGUGACUCUCCCCCAAUCCAGAUUUCGGGGUCGCUCUCUAGAAACUCGCUCUAAAGACGGAACCGCCACAGCACCCAAAGCCCACUGCGGGAGAGCGCAGCCCGACAAGCCCGGGCGCUGAGCCUGGACCCUCAGCAGAGCGGGCCAGCACAGCGGCUGCUGCUUCGCCUAUCCCGACGUCCCCGCCUCCUACACUCUCAGCCUCCGCUGGAGAGACCCCCAGCCCCACCAUUCAGCGCGCAAGAUACCCUCCAGGCCCUCAGCACCUUUUUUCACGUCAAGAUCUCAUCCCAUACACGCAUGACUCAAUCAGCUUUGGAAAUGUGGAUAUGCCCUGCGUGCAAGCCCAGUAUAGCCCUUCACCUCCGGGGUCCACUUACGCCACGCAGACUUAUGGCUCGGAAUACACCACAGAAAUCAUGAACCCCGACUACACCAAGCUGACCAUGGACCUCGGUAGCACGGGGAUCAUGGCCACCGCCACUACAUCCCUGCCCAGCUUCAGUACCUUCAUGGAGGGCUACCCCAGCAGCUGCGAACUCAAGCCCUCCUGCCUGUACCAAAUGCCGCCUUCUGGGCCUCGGCCUUUGAUCAAGAUGGAAGAGGGUCGCGAGCAUGGCUACCACCACCACCAUCACCAUCACCAUCAUCACCACCACCACCAGCAACAGCAGCCGUCCAUUCCUCCUCCCUCCGGCCCCGAGGACGAGGUACUGCCCAGCACCUCCAUGUACUUCAAGCAGUCUCCGCCUUCUACACCGACCACUCCAGGCUUCCCCCCGCAGGCGGGGGCGCUGUGGGACGACGAGCUGCCCUCUGCGCCUGGCUGCAUCGCUCCGGGACCGCUGCUGGACCCGCAGAUGAAGGCGGUACCCCCCAUGGCCGCUGCUGCGCGCUUCCCGAUCUUCUUCAAGCCCUCACCGCCACACCCUCCCGCGCCCAGUCCAGCCGGCGGCCACCACCUCGGCUAUGACCCCACGGCCGCAGCUGCACUCAGUCUGCCCCUGGGAGCCGCGGCCGCAGCAGGCAGCCAAGCUGCUGCGCUCGAGGGCCACCCAUACGGGCUCCCGCUGGCCAAGAGGACGGCCACGCUGACCUUCCCUCCGCUGGGCCUCACAGCCUCCCCCACCGCGUCCAGCCUGCUGGGAGAGAGCCCCAGCCUCCCAUCGCCACCCAAUAGGAGCUCAUCAUCUGGGGAAGGCACAUGUGCCGUGUGCGGCGACAACGCUGCCUGCCAGCACUACGGAGUCCGCACCUGCGAGGGCUGCAAGGGCUUCUUCAAGAGAACGGUGCAGAAAAAUGCAAAAUAUGUUUGCCUGGCAAAUAAAAACUGCCCAGUGGACAAGAGACGCCGAAACCGAUGUCAGUACUGCAGAUUUCAGAAGUGUCUCAGUGUCGGGAUGGUUAAGGAAGUUGUGCGUACAGACAGUCUGAAAGGGAGGAGAGGUCGUCUGCCUUCCAAACCAAAGAGCCCACUACAACAGGAGCCCUCGCAGCCCUCCCCGCCAUCUCCUCCGAUCUGUAUGAUGAAUGCCCUUGUCCGAGCUUUAACAGAUGCAACACCCAGAGAUCUUGAUUAUUCCAGAUACUGUCCCACCGACCAGGCCACUGCAGGCACAGAUGCUGAGCACGUGCAACAGUUCUACAACCUUCUGACGGCCUCCAUUGACGUGUCCAGAAGCUGGGCAGAAAAGAUCCCAGGAUUCACUGAUCUCCCCAAAGAAGAUCAGACGUUACUUAUAGAAUCAGCCUUUUUGGAGCUGUUUGUUCUUAGACUUUCCAUCAGGUCAAACACUGCUGAAGAUAAGUUUGUGUUCUGCAAUGGACUUGUCCUGCAUCGACUUCAGUGCCUUCGAGGAUUUGGGGAGUGGCUCGACUCCAUUAAAGACUUUUCUUUAAACUUGCAGAGCCUGAACCUUGAUAUCCAAGCCUUAGCCUGCCUGUCAGCACUGAGUAUGAUCACAGAGCGACAUGGGUUAAAAGAACCAAAGAGAGUGGAGGAGCUAUGCACCAAGAUCACAAGCAGCUUAAAGGACCACCAGAGGAAGGGACAGGCUCUGGAGCCCUCGGAGCCUAAGGUCCUGCGCGCGCUGGUAGAACUGAGAAAGAUCUGUACCCAGGGCCUCCAGCGCAUCUUCUACCUGAAGCUAGAGGACUUGGUACCUCCACCUUCUGUCAUCGACAAGCUCUUCCUUGACACCCUGCCUUUCUGAGCAGGGGAAGCCUGAGCAGAGAGCUACUUGCUCUGCUGGCACCUGAUCAUUAAGUGAGCAAAAGAAUGGGUUUGAACACCUUCCACACUCACUGUCCUUCCUUCAGGGGAAAAGCAGCUCCCGUAGAAAGCAAAGACUUUUUUUUCUUUUCCUGGCACCUUUCCUUACAACCUAAAGCCAGAAACCUUGCAGAGUAUCGUGUUGGGGUUGUGUUUUAUAUUUAGGCUUUGGUGGGUGGGUUGGGAGGGGGUAAAUAGUUCAUGAGGCUUUUCUAAGAAAUUGCUGACAAAGCACUUUUGGAUGAUGCUAUCCCAGCAGUGGGGUGGGGAGAAAGGAUAAUAUAACUGUUUUGUUUUUGUUUUUGUUUUUGUUUUUAAAAAAAAACUCUUUCUGGGGAAUAUGAUUAUGGUUGCUUUGUAUUUAAAAAUAAGAACAGCCAAGGGCUGUUCACCAGGGUAGGGCUGUGUCCUACGACGGAUCCCUUUAGGAUAUACUUCCUGUGUCAAGGGUAGAUACGUGGUGCAAAUGAGGCAGAAAAUUCCCUUUUCUUCAUUUCUUUCUUAAAAAAAUGGCAAAAGAUGAAAGAUUAUCUACAAAUCAGACUUAGCAAAAAUGAUAAUGGCUAUUUGCUUCCAUAUACAAGUGCAAUUUUUUAGAGUGCUGUCUUACUAAGUCUUGUUUGUGAACUCCCCCUUAUUUUACAUGAAAAUAAGAAGGAGGCAGUCAUGCUAUGAAAUGGCGCGCUCAUUUUCCUAGCUAAGGCUUGAUCCACCUGCCCUGUAGAACCCUUCGGAGGUGUGGCCCUUCUAAGACUUUCAGGCCAUUCUCGAUGGAAUUCGACCCCUGAUGACUAUCCAGCCAUCCUGAAGGGGGAUCGGGUUAUAAAGUGGAUUGCAUACAACUGUCUUCGCUGUGUUUUGUCAACCUGGACAGAGUUCUCUAAACCUACUUCAGUUGUAGCAAGUUCCUGAUUCAUCCACUCAGAAGCCCAAUGAGCACUGGUUGACUCAAUCAAGUGUUAACCCUAGGAGAACAAGCAAAUAAGUAGGAACUGGGUCAUACAGGGUAAACACCAGAGAUGAUAAGGAUAUAUAUAUAUAUAUAUAUAUAUAUAUAUAUAUAUAUAUGUAUAUGUAUAUAUAUAUACAUAUUAAUUUUUGUUAUUGGUUAGAGACAAUUUUGGAAAGCAAGAGAAUCAUCUUUUUUUAAAAAAGAGAGAAGAAGAAGAAGAAAAGAUAGUAUUAACGUGAGUUCUAGAGAAGGUUAGUGGGUUGCGGUUCAAAAUUCCGUGUUUGUGCCCCCUUUUAUAUGUUUCUACUGUUGAUGCCAUAUUAUUAUGAAAUGAUUUGUUGCAUAGUGUCCUUAUUUGUAUGAACAUUUGUAUGCACGUUAUAUUGUAAUAGCUUUGCCUGUAUUUAUUGCAAGACCACCAGCUCCUGGAGGCUGAGAUACAGAGUAAUCAAAUGGGGUGUUCGUGGUGACUUGGAUACACCAAUUAGAAAUUAAAUAAGCAUAUAUAUAUAUAAACAUAGCCGGUUACAUAUAUAUUUAUAAUGUGUCUUUUUAUUAACCAUUUGUACAAGAAAUGUCACUUCCCACGCAGUUACUUUACCCUUCACUUGCAGUGACCUUUAAGGCAGCACUGUUUAGCACUUUGAUAUGAAAUUUUUGCUUAUGUUUUGCUAAAUUCUAAUAAUGUUUGAAGAUUUUAAGGUCUAAAAGUCUUUAUAUUAUAUACUCUGUAUCAAGUCAAGAUCCCUUUGGCCGUUUUGCUAAGACUCAAAAACUUUGAAUGUCAAACUGAUGUCACAGUAGCUUUUGUUAGCUUUUAAUCAUUUUUGCUUUAGUUUUUUUUUUAAAAAAAAUAACAAACUAUACUGUUUAUAUUGUCAUUAAAUUAUACAAUCAAACAAAUGCCAAAUGAAUUGCCUAAUUGCUGCAAAGUGUAACCCAGAUAACAAAUCAUAUUCUCUCCUCUUUUUGCAACUCAUUCAGAUGUUUGAUCUUGUGUUUUGUUUGUAUAAAGAUUGUAUGAACUAUAUCACCUUCCUAUCAAGGUGACAGGGCUUGAGAUGUUAAGAUUUUUGAACUUCAGACUUGGAAGGGGCCUGGCUCAUCAUCUGGUCAGAUCUAUUAAAAUUCACAAAGGAGAAAAGUGGGGGCCCGUUGCAGGGCAAACAGCUAGCAACAGGAUAAAGGCUCAGACUUAAUUCACCUUCCCUUAGUCUCCCCCACAUCUUACUGCAUCUGUAGGAAAAUAAACUUUUAAACAUAGUCACGCAUACUAACACUUUACCAGCAGACAGCCUUGAAUAAAGUAGUACUUUGGCAUUAAUUUGUUGAGCUUAUAUGCAAACAUAAUAAACAUUAUUAAAUAUCAGGAAAGCUAACAUUUCACACGAGAUCGCUUCAGACCAAAUUCAAUUUGAAUUUGAAUAAAUUAGAAGUACUGAGCGUACGUAACCUUCUUGUGCACCUUGAGUAUUGCAAAGUUGCUCCUUGGUUGUUGGUUUUUUUUGUUGUUUCUUUUCGUCCUGUCUGAAAGGCAAAGCAAAACAGCAGCACGGUGCUCUGGGAAAUGCUGUUCCCCCUUCUGUCCUCACACCCACAGAUUGAAGGGAAAGAACUGUCUAAGCAUCUAUCUGCUGGUUUGAAGAAUGAUGAAGCCGUUUUAGUUAAGGGCCAGACACUAGUGCUGAAAGAAAAGACUAUACAGCCAGUGUUCUUCUGUCUUCCAUAGUUAUCACAACUAUGAGAGCCUCUUAGGUCAUCAUUUUGAAAUGUUGACACCCAAGUGUACCCAGAGUGGAAGGCACACUAGCUCUGCAGAGGACAAGCAUUAAUGCAGGUGAUUCCUCCCGCUGACUGGAGUGCAGUCUCAGUGUGAACCCGCCCUCAGCAGGAAAUGGGAAUCCACUUGCUGUUCCUGGAGAGUGCCUUGCUUUUGUUUCAAAUGGCCGAGUCUCCCAAGCCCUUCUCCUCUAACAGCAUUGCUUUUUAGUAAGUGUGUGUUAACCUGUGGUUUGAAAGAAAUGCUCUUGUACAUUAACAAUGUAAAUUUAAAUGAUUAAAUUAAAUUACAUUUUA